AUUGCAAGACCUCUUUUUUUUUUUUCAUAUUUCUUGAAACUAAAGUCCAUUUGGAGGUUGAGAAUGUACAUUGCGAUUACCUUGAAGAGAUACAGAGCAGUCAAAGAAGCUGGUGAGAUUAAAAUGCAUGUGGGGAGUGUUGCUUAUUACCAAUUGAUGCUAGUUUGUCAGGCUGAGUACUUCCGUCAGUUGCUUAAACCUGUAACGUAGUCUGCUAAAGUGAAAGCUUUGGGGAGGUUGGGAUUGCUUGCUUCUUGUUGCUCUUAUUCAGCAAAGCCUGUGGAAGUUGGGGUUUGUUGGUUCUCUUUCAGUGUAUAGGAAAUCAGAAUGACCUCAUUAAGCACUGAAUGUCGUUACUGUUGAUUGGAAUUGUCAGUGCUUUUUUACUACAACUAAUACACCUUGAACGUUACUCUCGUUUGUCUGUGCCUUUCGUAACUCUUAGCUAUUUCAUAUUUAAAACUUUCCAAGUGGAAAACACAUUUCUAGUCCAGUUUAUUGGUUCUUUUGACUUAGUUACUCAUGCAGAAUAACUAUCAAUUUUCCCCUCAAAAGCCUUUUGUCUCUCUGGAAGACAAUGCAGCUGGUGGUAAUAUAUUCGAUAUUCCUGCUCCAUCAGUCUUUGGUACAAUGGCACUCCCUACUGGUUUCAAAUCUUCUGUGCCCUUUCAUGGUUUCGAAUUUCAGUCCUCUGAGGCAUGUCCAAAGAAUUUCAUCAUCUUUGAUCAGACUGAUUACCGAAGCCAGAUCAUGUACCACCCUGCCAUGGCCUCCAAGUUCCCAUAUCCUGAUUUGAAUUAUAAUUCAACCUGCUUCCAAAACGGCAUGGAGAGAAAAAUUGUUAACAAUGAGAAUACAGAAGUUUCUUCAUAUUUGAAGGAAGAUUCAGAUGAUAUAAAUGCAUUGCUCAGCUUGGAAGAGGAAGAACACGAGGAAUAUGAUGAAGAAGAGGUGAGCACUGCACGCACCGAUGCAAACUAUGGAUGCAGUUCCCCUGAAUCAUACUCAAACUAUGAUUGUCAAUCCAAAAAGAGCAGAACCUCUUCUUUCAGGAAAUCCUCUGGCAGUAGUACUAGCAAUUGCAGUGAGAGAAAACGCCGGAAACUUAAGAAGAUGGUCAAGGUAUUAAAGGGAAUCAUCCCUGGUGCUAGCAGGAUGAAUACUGUCACCGUUCUUGAUGAAGCUGUCAGAUACCUCAAGUCACUUAAGAUGGAAGUGCAGAAGCUUGGAGUCGAUAAUCUGAAGACAUAUGCUUGAUUUCCUUUGUGGUAUGGGUAACUUUGCUUCCUUUAUCACCAUCUCAGUCGAAGUGAUUAUGAACCGUAGUCAUAUCUUUUGCAUAUGUGAAGAACUUCUUACACCGUAUUGCUGAGUUGCUGCUCUGGAGGGGGUAACGUAACGUAGAAUAUGGUCCUUUGUUCGGCGAUAGGACAAUAAGUCUGCUGUAGCUAGCUAGCUGCUAUAUCUAAUUUCUCAUCCUAGCAUAUAAUAUGUUUCCACUAGUUGCCAACUCUAUUAAGGUAUUUGAAUAAUUUCUCCAAUAUGUGAAACUUUCACCUAUUGGAGCUGCUAUUUGUUAUUGUUGUUCUAUGACUUUGAUGAUUUGUUUAAUGGAUAAUGGGUUGAUGAUUACACUUUA